AUGGAAGCGAAGAAUUCAAACUGGAAGACGCCAUGCUAUGAAAAGCUGCAGGAACUGAUAAAGAAGUGGUUUAGUGCAUCAGAUAAUCAAAUUCCAAUUGGCCUUAUUGAAGAUACCAUGAGUCAUGAGUUGUACAACGCUGUUCCCACUCCUACGGGUGAUUCUUUGCUUCAUGUUGCGGCUGAAUAUGGGAGAGAAAGGAUCGUAGAGCUGCUUGUCGAUAACAAUUUUUCGCUAGUAGUGACAAACAAUAGGAAAGAUACUGCGAUUCAUGUUGCCGCAAGAGCUAAAAAUAUUGGAGUGAUGAGAGUCAUCUUGUCCAAAUUUGAUGAUGCUAGCAAUGAGGAUGUGAGAAUUCUUCAUCGUCUUUUGCAGAUUCCGUUUCCCUCAGGCCGGGUCAUUCACAAGAGUCAUGGGAACUCUCCACUUCAUGCUGCCAUAUCAGAAAGCAAUAUUACUUUCUUGAAGAAUAUAUUACACGAAAAAGAGGGACUCAUGUAUUUUAGAGAUGAACACAGAAAUACUCCUCUUCAUUAUGCAGCAUACAUUGGUUAUGUGGAAGGUGUUCAUGAACUUCUAAACAAAUCUAAUCUUGUUGCAUUUCAACAAAACUCAAAUGGCGAUCUUCUGAUUCACAUUGCUUGCCAAAGUAGCCGUGUUCAGGUGGUUAAACAAGUGCUUCGCUUAGAAUGUCCUUAUACCAGAUUCUGGCUUAAUAAUAAAGGUCAAAACAUUCUACACAUUGCAGCAGAGAAUGGACAAAACAAAAUGUGUCGAGCAAGUAUGAUAUUAAGAACAACAGGUGUCCCCCUCAGAAAGGAUAUGUUGGGAGUACAAUGCGUAGCCAAUAUAGAAUGGAAUGUUAACUAUGCAGCCAACACACUCAUCCUUGGGGAUGUACUUAUAGCAAUAGUGACAUUCGCAGCUGGUUUCACAGUACCAAGUAGGGUUUACUCUUCUAAUGAUUCAAUACCUAAGAACAAAGGCAUAGUAGUGUUGGUUGAUAAAAAACUAUUCAAAUUCAUGGCUUUCAAUACGAUCUCCAUGUAUAGCUCCAUUUUCGGUUCUAUUGUUCUUCUAUGGAUGCAUCUGGGUGAUCGUCGUUACGCUAUACGAGCUUAUUUUCUUGCUAGGCUUUUUGCGCACUUGGCUCUUAGAACCAUGCCAGUGGCAUUUAUGGCUGCCAUAUAUUUGGUUAUUGGAUAUUUUCCUCUUGGAAAUCGCAUUCUGCUUCUUCGUCGGAUUGGAGAACUUAUUUUUUUGAUCGGUCUUAUUUUAUUUUAUGGACCUGUAGAUAGGCCUCAUGAAGUUCAUGAUGGCGAGCAAUUGUACCCGGCAUAUGGAGUUCUUGGUAGCGGUGAUCACCCCUAA